UGCCCGCCCCAGCAGCCCCCGCCCCGCCUCCCGCCUCGGAAGCACAACACUGCGCCGCCGCCGUACUGCCGUACCCCCGUGUUGUGAUUUCGUCUUGCAUCGCCGUAUCGCUGCAGAGCGCUGUGCUGCUGAGGCCAUCCUGUUGAAGAAAGGUGUCUCGCUUUGCUUGGCGUGCUUCGCCGUGCCAUGGAGUGGUACAGCCACGCGUGCCGCAUGUGCGGCGCGGUCGCGGAGAACCACACGGCCAACGUGCGCCACAUGAUGGGGCACCUUCGCUCCUACCUCUGCAUGGUGUGCGGCGAGGUGUUCCAGCGAGCCGAGGACCUCCUGCAGCACGCCGACAAGCACGACUCGCCCGAGAACGCCCGGCGGACCCGCGUCAUCGAGAUAAACCUGGCCGAUGAUUCCGAGGAAGACUUGGAGAACGUAGACCCCGACCCCACCGUCAAAGUAGUGGCUAUAGACUUGACGGCCACCGACGAUGAAGACGAGGACGUCGCCCUCCCUCCCCCGCCAGGGCCAGGGCCAGGGCCAGGGCCACCGCAACGGGGACGCUCUGGCCAAAGCGACUCCCGGACCCAGAAACAGCCGCCACUCCUCAUGGAAUGUGCCGUGGCCGCUGAGCCGCUGCCCCUGAUGUUGUUACUUGGUGACAGUCUGGACCCGGAGCCGCUCAAAGCCGCCGACGCCCCCCUGGCCCCUGCCGCCCCUGCCGGCCGGUGCGCUCGCUGCUCGCGCCCCGGGCCUGCUUCCGUCAAGAAGGCCUGCAGCUGCACCAAGACGGCCACCAAGACCGUCAUCAAGACGGAGCGGCCGCGACGGCGACCCGCGCCACGGCUCAGGCCGACGAGAACGCCGUCUUCAAGGACGGCGCCGUCCAGGAAAGCCCUAGCCACAGCCGCGCCCACGACCACGGCCAAGGAGGACAUCCGCGUCCCCACCGCGGUCCUUGCUCCAGCGGAUGACCCUCGUGUCCCCAGUGUCGGUGCCGCUGUGCGCGCUGUGCCAACACCCCCAGGACCUGGCCCUAGGUCGGCCCUGGGUCCUCGUCUGAGGCCGAAGGCUGAACCGAGUCCCGAGCCGCCCGUGCCGGCCCUGCCCCCUGUGCCGGCCGUGCCCCCUGUGCCGGCCCUGCCCCCUGUGCCGGCCCUGCCCCCUGUGCCGGCCCUGCCCCCUGUGCCGGCCGUGCCCCCUGUGCCGGCCGUGCCCCAGACCCCGAGGACACGCCGCACCCGCACCGCCGCCACCAAGCCCAAGUUCUCCAGCGGGGGUCGGAAGCGCUGUCCGCCCACCCUUGCUGCCUCGGCGUCGACCUGCCCGUCCGCCAGCGGCGCCAGCCCGUCCGCAACGCGCUGGAUUGACGCAAUGGCCAAAAAGUACACCACGUCCUACCCGAACGGCCGCAAGUGCUACUUCUGCACAACCGUGUUCAAGACAAUAACGGGGAGUUACACUCACUGGCACAUCCUGCGGCACUUCUCCAAGUGCUACAACAGGACAUGUCUGGAUUGUGGCGAGUACUUCUCAAACAAAGACGCCCUCAAGAGCCACCGACUGCAGCAAGCCACAACCACACCACACACCCCCAAGGUGUAGUCCCCAAGAUUAUUAAAUUUAUAUUGUUUUAUUUGAGAUGAAACUGAGGCACGCAUUUUAUAAGAAGAUAUUCAUUUAUGCCUCUUUCAUUGAUUCAUUUUGUUUUAGCUUGAUCCGGCAGUAUUGAGAUGACGAUGAAGCACCACAUUUACUGUUCAUUAAUUGUGAGAGUUGCUUAGCACUCAACCUAAGGAGCAUUUAGCCUCUGCACACACAGUGCAAGAUACAUUUACAAUUAUAAAUUGGUUGGUCCUGUACUUCGCUUCAAGAACUUACAUCAUGCUAAGCUUAGCCUGUAUGUACAGUCCUCUCCAAUGCCAACUUCAUUUUCCAUUUUGGGAGUUCAUUCUGUCAAAUGAUUUAAUAAACUUGCAACUUUGUCACUGAA